AUGCCUUCUUUUCGAGGACAGAGAUUAUCUCUAGUGCAAUUGUUUAUUAUUAUAGUCUUUAUCACUUGUUGGAGUGAUGCCUUUGUAGACAUUGUAUCUGCUGCAGCUACUACUACUACUACUACUAUUACUAAUGAGGCGGCUAAGUGUGCUUCUCUAAAGAGAUGUGCGGAAUGUGUGUUUGAUGCCUCGGACGGUAUUUUAAGUCCUCAACUGCAUUGUGCCUGGUGUGCCACAACAAAACGUUGUAUGUAUUAUAAUCAUUCUUCUAUGGGAAACUCUACUCUUAACUCUUCUUCUUCUUUAUUAUCAUCAUUAUUAUCUACGGGUGUUGAUGAUAAUAAUAAUAAUAAUAAUAAUAAUAAUAAUAAUAAUAAUGAGGCAAUGAAAUGUCCAGAUUUACGGCAUGUUAUUUUAAAUCCAACAUGUCCAGAUAUGUCCUGUUCUGCUGCGCAUACCACUAAUAAUAUUUAUAUUUGUCGAUCAGGAUCUAUUCUUGCUCUUGUGCUUUCUUGUAUAUUGGUGGUAAUAGAUGUUUGUUUUUAUUUUUGGCUCUCCGCUAUUCGUCAGUUGCCGUGGAAGUAUGAGCCUCGUGUAAGUCAUUAUCUCAAUGGAAAAUCUUUACUGGAAGAAGAACAGGAAGAACAGAAAAAAGUGGUAUCUUUAAAGGCAGAAGAAAUUGUAUUAUCUGGAAAUGAUAGUCCUCAACAACAACAACGAUUAUCCAGUUCUUGUCCAAUUUGUAAAAUGAUUCAACCCACACCUCUUGGACCUGGUCGUGUUUGUUUUUGGUGUGAUAUCGCACGAUUUGGUUUUAUGCCUUUUUAUAUUGGAACUUCCACCGCAUUGUUAAGUCUUGUUUUACUCUUUUCAGUUUCCUUAAAGCCAUGGUUUGCGGAUGGUUUCUUUGCCUAUAUCUUAUUUAGUGCUUAUAUUUCCUAUACAGUGUUUGGGGCAUUUGUGUAUUUUGGACGUGAGAAAUGGGUACAUGAGGCUUCCGCACGGAAAACACUUUAUGUGAAACUUGCCAUUUAUUUACGUGGUCGAUUACUUUAUACUGUGAUGCCAGCUGUUGUAAUAAGUGAAGAUAAUCAUAAUAAUAUUAAUAUUAAUAAUAAUAUGAGUAAUACUUCUGGUGUUGUUACUGGUACGGCUACUACUACUACUACUAUGAAUAAUAAUAAUAAUAAUAAUAAUAAUAAUAAUAAUAAUAAUAAUAAUAAUAAUAAUAAUAAUAACUUAACUGUAUCUCAAACAUUAGAACCAUCUCUACAAGGAGGAAGUGGAAGUGGAAGUGGAGGGGUUUCAUUAUUUCCAUCUAGUAGUGCUUUAACACCAGAAGAGAUUCGACAGAAAAAAGGAGAAACCGCACAAUUAUUAAAUAUGGAUUAUGUGGAACAAAACUUUCGAAAAGUUCUUCGACAAACACUUGGUCGUGAUGAAUAUGUCCUUUGGUGGGAAAAACCAGAUGUUUCUAGUGUACUUUCCUAUGAUCUCUGGCUUGUAUUGGAUCUCGCCGCGGCUGUUUCUUUAGGUGUAUGGAUGUUUGUAGCUUCUACUAUUAAAGAUACAAGUUAUGUUCUUAUUCGUCUCUUUGGGGCUACUUCUAUGGCUAUUAUUGGAUUUACAUUAAUUAUUGUAUUUCUUUGUCUUCUCAUGACCAUGUUGAAAAGUACAACGCGUCUUUAUAUACUUACCGAUAGAAGACUUUUAACAAUUUAUAAUGGUGUGAUUAGUCCAACCGUGGCGGAGACGGAUUUAUUAAGUGUACGAUGUGCAUCUGUAUAUGGAUAUAAAAUGUUUCGAUCAGAUCCCGUGUUAACUUUCUCAUGGGAAGUACCAGUAACAGAAAGAAAGAUGCCACCUAUUAAAAGCCAUAAUUUCCCUGGAGUUGUGAAUUUAAAAGAAUUUCUACAAUACUUUAGAGCCGUUGCCCCUGUUUUACCCGCAAAGGAAGAUCAAAGUCGACAGAGUAUGCGGCAUAAUAGACAAGUAUGGCGUAUGCAUUUAUUCUUUUGUGUAGUAUUUUUAGAGUUUUUACCGGUUAUUACACUCUAUCCACUUGUAGUCCCUGGAUUCUUUUCACUGUUGUUAUUUAUUAUUCUUGGCACGGUUGCGUUAACAACAGUUUAUCGUGGAUUACGGGUUCAACACGUUACGUAUACACCAUUAAACCUCGCAGGGAAUUGGACAGCUGCACGAUGUCGUUCCUCUCGCACGAGUGGGAAAGGUGGUAAUAAUAAUAAUAAUAAUAAUAAUAAUAAUAAUAAUAAUAAUAAUAAUAAUAAUAUGAAUAGUGGUAAUAGCAGUAUUAGUUAUACAAGCAGUUCUGGAAGCAAAAAGAGGCGAAGCGGUCCUUUUUCAUCAGAUGAGAUGAAAGAAGUUUCUCCCACCAAUCAUAAUAAUGUUGUUAGUCCGGGUGGAUUGACUGGGAAGAUUGGACAGAGUACAUUAGGCUCCACAUCAGACUCCACACUGACAUCAGGAUCUCCUCUGCGAACGCGGGAGGUUUUAUUGCCGAGAGAAUGA